CUCAUGUCAUCACAGGCACUCAUUUGGGCAUAUCCGUUUUCAGUUGAAAUGUUGCUGCCUGCUCCUCAUAUCAAAUUUAACUCCGUUCUUCCCCGUCGAAACCCAAGUGCCAUCCUCCUCCCUACAGUCGUGUCUUCCUGAAUCCAUGAAUAGCACGAAAGUUGGUCAGCUUUUGCAGAUACCGUCGGGUGAGAUAUCGUUCUGGUAUCCUCCAGAUCUCAAACCAUCGAAAUUUGAUAAGAAAUACGACUUCCUUCGCGUUGGCCAUCGCGGCCUAAGACGAUGGACCUCAUUCUCCGAUGACGUAGACCAUGUCUGGCAAAAAUAUGCUGACCUGACCCUUGACCGACGACCCUUCCAUCCCAAUAUUGUCGACUGGAAGCGCUAUGCUUCCACGGAGAGGCUUGUGCAAGACCUCUACGACGCUACCCUGCUUGCCCGUGUUAACACCGCCCUCGACGCCGUCUGCCGCCCAAUCUCGCACUUGCCCAUUAUUGGGACGCCGAAGUAUUCAGCUAGAGACACGAAGCUAAACCGCCCGGGUGCCGCAAGUGGCGAAGAGAAUCUGCCCGGUACGCAUGCAUGUCCCGAGGCGUAUGUGGCCCAGGUUGUCCAAUACUGCAUUGAUCAUGAUACACCCCUUGGUUUUGUCCUCACCAACGAUGAACUCGUUCUCUUGCAGUUGAUUAGGAGUGAUGACGCACGGGAACAACCACCCAGGACACGCUCAAGUGGGACAGCACUUCUACUACCAUCCGAUAUCAUCUCUAGCGAGGCCGACUAUUCGUCACCGCUGGUGCGGCGAAGUAAUGAUUGGCCUGACUUCGAUGAAGGUGACGAAGGCAUUCCGCUCGCGCAGGUCGUGGUGGAUGAGUAUGCAUUGCCUCGAGAAGACCAACCGUCAUCCUCUCGGCGACGGAGAUAUGCGACCCCAGAGCAGCCUUCAAGCUCCCAGCAAUCAGCGCCCGGGCUAGAUGACACUCCAUGUCCGGAUCCUCGGCCUCGUACUUCCACGUCGCCAACCCCGGCAUCGUUGUCAACGUCCUCUAUCGUCCCCGAAUCACAAGGGACGGCGUCGAGUUUCGAGCCGGACGUCCGUUCGAUGGACCCGACCCACGUCCUCAUUCAUUCUAUUCGAACUGAUGGUGAAGAAGGUCAAAAUGCGGCUCUACAUCUGUUCACAUUAAUUAUGCUAGCUAAGGCGGCCAGAGAUUGCGGUCUGGGAGGGAUUGGUACUAGGAAGCUGUCGUUCGCUGCGCUAGGGUUUGUGCUAGUAAAUACCAAAGUCAGGGACUUUGGUAUUGGUUCUUUUGGUGAAGACAUCUGGUACGGUGGCGUAGUGGCAAGGAUUGCAACCCCUGGCGCGGCGUGA